CGGGCCGGAAGUGAGCGCACGGCGGCGGCGGUGAAGCGGCGGGAGGGGAGGGGGCUGCCCGGACUGGCGCGCGUUCCCGCGGCGGGAGCAGGAGGCACGGAGGGAAAUGGCCGUUGCCGCGGGCCGGCGGCGCUGCGAGAUCUGCUAAAUCUAUUCCAAAGCCAAGGAUAGACAACCAGUAGAAGGGAAGUGUUGGUUCUUUAAAUGGACAUCUGUUCUUGCAGUAUGGCCCAGAUAUCUAGUAGCAAUGGAUUUAAACAGCACUCAUCACCUUCUUUGGCGGCUGCAAGGUCAAAAGAUGUGGACAAAGAGGAGGCGUUGCAGAUGGAAGCUGAAGCAUUAGCUAAGAUGCAGAAAGAAAGAGGUGUUGCUGGGAAUAAACAAACUUUCCAUUCUUUGAGCAGCACCAGACAAAAAGCACAGGCUCAUAAUAAACAGGACCAUGAUCUAAUGGUGUUUCCAGAGUCUGAUGCCAAGAGCAUGGAAGAUAAACUAAGUACCAUUGACAUAGAGAAGCUUACUCAUGCUGAACUAGAAAAACUGCUGCUGGAUGACAGUUUUGAAUCUAGUAAAGUAUCUGCAUUACCAGUAAGUCCUAUUUUGAGCCCAUCUGUGUCUUCACAGUUUUAUCUUGGGCCUACGGGUCAGAGAAGACAUUGGACACCUGGAAUACCAGCACCUGUGACAUGCACUUUACCUCCUAUUUACCCCUCAGCUUCUUAUACAAAACAGACUGGUGUAUUUCAGAAUGGAUUCCAUCCAACUAUGUCCUCCUAUCACUCUAGAGAACCUAUUUAUCUUGGUCUUCCAAGGCAGGCACAAUACAUUUCAUACCCAUUGGCAGCUACUACGCCUUUCCAUCCACAAGGAAGCCUACCCAUAUAUCCUCCAGUACUUACUCCAGAAAUGGCAAAAGUAUUUGACAAAAUUGCAAGCACCUCAGAAUUUCUGAAAAAUGGCAAGUCAAGCACAGACUUGGAAAUGACUGCUAUAAAGUCUGCGGUUUCUAACCUACCAGCCUCAGAAAGCUGCAGAGAUGUUAGUAAAUUUGAUUGGUUAGAUUUGGAUCCCCUAAGUAAACCCAAAGUGGAUAGUGUGGAGACUUUAAAUAAGGCAGAGAAUGAUGGAGAGAGGGCUUCAAGUAUGACUGCGGAAGAUCCAUGGGAUGCUGUGCUGUUAGAAGAAAAGUUGUUAGUAACUUGUCAUCUGGAAAGAAAACUUAAUGGGAAAUCUUCUGGAGCAACAGUUACAAGGAGCCAGUCCUUAAACAUGCGAACGACUCAACUUACAAAGUUACAGGGCCAAACAUCACAGUUGCAGAAAGACAAUGGGACCACUGGCAUGCUGACAGAAAACGUGCUUCCCCAAGAAAUUGAAGGGCAGAAUCAAGAACUGUCAGCUUUUUCUCAAGCAGUUACGAAAUUGAGGACCAAGUUUCCGUACACUAAUCAGCAGACAAAUCCAGGCUUUGUGCUGAGUCCAGUCAUGCUGCAAAGAAAUAUAAGUGGGGAGAGUGCCAGUAUCAAGGUUUCUAUAGAAAUCGAAGAAUUCCAGCAACCAGUAACUUUUACGUGUGAUGUGAGUUCCCCUGUUGAGCUUAUAAUAAUGCAGGCACUUUGUUGGGUGCAUGAUGACUUGAAUGAAGUGGACAUUGGCAGCUACAUCCUGAAGGUCUGUGGCCAAGAAGAAGUUUUACAGAAUAAGCAUUGCAUAGGAAGUCACGAGUAUAUUCAGAACUGUCGGAAGUGGGACACAGAAAUCAAACUGCAGCUCUUGACCCAUAGUGUAAUAUGCAGAGAUCUGGCACGAACAGAAGAUGAUGACAGAACACCCAUACAUCUAACCAAACACCUCUACAAAGUAGAAAAGCCUUUCAGAGAACCUAUUAUAAGAUCUUCUAUUGAAGAGCUUCUUGAUGUGUAUCACAAGCAAGUUAACAUAGCUCUUAGAAAUGAGAACCGACAUAAAGCAGUAGAUCACGUAAUUAAGACUGUCAGAAAGAUCUGUUCUACGUUGGAUUGUGUAGAGACUCCUGCAAUAACGGAAUCGGUGAAGAAGCUAAGGAGGGCUGUUAAUCUUCCAAGGACUAAAAAUGCUGAGGUAUCCUUAAAAUGUGAUGACAUGAGCCAGAGCUCAUCUGGUUCACUGCAGCCUGAAAACCCUCUGAAAGUGAGUAUAGACCAGUUAACAAGAGCAGUUGAGGCCCUUCUGCAACUCCACGUGAAUUCGUGUAGCAAUUCUGCAGCAGUUUCUCCAGGGGACAGUAGGAGCACUAAGGAAGCAUGGACUGCCACAGAACAUCUCCAGUUCACAAUAUUUGCUGCGCAUGGAAUUUCUUCUAGUUGGGUAUCAAACUAUGAAAAAUACUACUUGAUUUGUUCUCUGACCCAUAAUGGAAAAGAUCUGUUUAAACCUGUUCAGUCCAAGAAGGUUGGCACAUACAAGAACUUCUUCUACUUGAUUAAAUGGGAUGAACUAAUAAUUUUCCCCAUCCAGAUUUCACAGCUGCCUUUGGAAUCAGUCUUAUGUCUGACUUUGUUUGGAAUCCUAAAUCAAAGUAGUGGGAGUUCUCCUGACUCAAAUAAGCAGAGAAAAGGCCCGGAAAUUUUGGGUCAGGUUUCUCUACCUCUUUUUGAUUUUAGGCGGUUGUUAACAUGUGGGACAAAGCUCUUGCAACUCUGGACCUCAUCACAUCCACAUCAUGUGUCAGGGAUGGCCAGUAAGAAAGGAAAUAUGGAAAGAAUAGUAUUGCAGAUUGACUUCCCAUCCCAUGCUUUUGAUAUUGAAUACAAAAUUCCCCAAGCUGCAAAGACUACUGUACAUCAUUCCAUAGAAACGUUAGAAAAACCAUUGAGAGAACGUCUCCAUGCCAUUCUCGCAAAAGAUAACACUAUUGGGCUGUCAAAAGAAGAUAAAGAAUUUUUGUGGGACAAGAGACAUUAUUGUCAUAGUCAUACCAGUAGCUUACCAAAAAUAUUGGUUAGUGCCCCUCACUGGGACUGGGCAAGUCUUCCAGAAAUAUAUUCAUUACUUCAGCAGUGGCCUCCUUUAUCACCCUUGGCUGCACUGGAACUACUUGAUUCAAAGUUUGCCGAUCAGGAAGUACGAAACACAGCUGUCAAUUGGAUAGAGACAUUAAGCGACGAUGAGUUAACAGAUUUUCUCCCUCAAUUUGUGCAAGCAUUGAAGUUUGAAACCUACCUUGACAGUGCUCUUGUCAAAUUUCUUUUGGCUCGGGCCCUGGGAAGCGUUCGAGUAGCACACUACCUGUAUUGGCUUCUUAAGGAUACACUGUAUGAUACAAAGUUUGGUGUAAGAUAUGAGCAAAUUCUUGGAGCUUUUCUUUCAGUCUGUGGAAAAAGGCUGAGGGAAGAGCUGGAAAAGCAGACCAGGCUCGUGCAGCUUUUUGGAAUGGUAGCAGAAAGAGUAAAGCAAACAAGUGGAUCUGCUCGACAGGCUGCCUUGCAAAAUGGUAUGGAGCGCGUGCAGUUAUUUUUCUUGAAGAAUAAAUGCCGUUUGCCUCUUAACCCCAGUCUUGUGGCAAAAGAGCUAAAUAUUAAGGCAUGUUCUUUCUUCAGCUCCAAUGCAGUACCACUGAAGGUCGCACUGCUAAAUGCAGACCCUCUGGGAGAAGAAAUUAAUGUGAUGUUUAAGGUUGGAGAAGAUCUGAGACAAGAUAUGUUGGCUUUACAAAUGAUUAAGAUUAUGGAUAAGAUCUGGCUGCAGGAGGGACUGGAUCUACGGAUGGUUAUCUUCAAGUGUCUCUCAACUGGAAAGGACCGAGGUAUGGUAGAGCUUGUUCCUGCUUCAGAUACACUUAGGAAAAUUCAAGUGGAAUAUGGAGUGACAGGUUCUUUUAAAGACAAGCCCCUGGCAGAAUGGUUACGAAAGUAUAAUCCUACAGAGGAGGAAUAUGACAAGGCUUCAGAAAACUUCAUUUACUCUUGUGCAGGAUGUUGCGUAGCUACUUAUGUCCUGGGAAUUUGUGACCGCCACAAUGAUAACAUAAUGCUUCGAAACACAGGGCAUAUGUUUCACAUUGACUUUGGAAAAUUUUUGGGUCAUGCACAAAUGUUUGGUAGCUUUAAAAGGGAUCGAGCUCCUUUUGUGCUAACAUCGGAUAUGGCUUAUGUCAUUAAUGGUGGUGAAAAACCCACUAUUCGCUUUCAGUUGUUUGUGGAUCUCUGUUGUCAAGCUUACAAUUUGAUAAGAAAACAUGCAAGCCUCUUCCUUAACCUGCUUUCAUUGAUGCUUUCUUCUGGGUUACCAGAACUAAGUGGGGUUCAGGACUUAAAGUAUGUCCAGGAUGCUCUCCAGCCCCAAACAACAGAUGCAGAAGCUACUAUUUUCUUUACGAGAUUGAUUGAAUCCAGUCUGGGAAGUGUUGCCACAAAGUUUAAUUUCUUCAUUCACAAUUUGGCUCAGCUGCGUUUCUCAGGUCUACCUUCUAAUGAUGAACCCAUCCUCUCAUUUUCUGCUAAAACAUAUUCUCUUAAACAAGAUGGCAGAAUCAAACAGGUGUCUGUGUUUACAUAUCAGAAGAGAUAUAACCCAGAUAAACAUUAUAUCUAUGUAGUGAGAGUUUUGAGAGAAGGGCAGAUUGAGCCAACAUUUGUCUUCCGAACAUUUGAUGAGUUCCAGGAGCUCCACAACAAACUUGGCAUUCUCUUUCCUCUUUGGAAGUUACCAGGCUUUCCUAAUAAGAUGGUUCUGGGAAGAACGCAUAUAAAAGAUGUAGCAGCUAAAAGAAAAGUGGAGCUGAACAGCUACAUACAGAGUCUGAUGAACAGCUCUGCAGAGGUGGCAGAAUGUGAUCUUGUUUAUACUUUUUUCCAUCCAUUACUUCGUGAUGACAAAGUGGAAGGAAUAGAUGGAAUAGCCAGACCUACAGAUGCAAGUCCAUCAAGUCCUACCUCAGGCAAAGUGGGAGGAGAAGUGAAGCUAUCCAUAUCAUAUAGAAAUAGCACUCUGUUUAUCAUGGUGAUGCACAUUAAAGACCUGGUUACAGAGGAUGGUGCAGAUCCAAAUCCCUAUGUAAAAACAUACUUACUUCCAGAUACACACAAAACAUCCAAACGCAAAACCAAAAUCUCCCGGAAGACAAGAAAUCCAACGUUCAAUGAAAUGCUUGUGUACAGUGGAUAUAGCAUGGAGACUCUGAAACAGAGAGAACUUCAGUUAAGUGUGCUCAGCGCAGAAUCGUUACGUGAGAACUUCUUCUUGGGUGGAAUUACGCUCUCACUAAAAGACUUCAACUUGAGCAAGGAGACUGUUAACUGGUAUCGACUAACUGCUGUACCCUAUCUGUGAACUCAUUUUGACACCUGAGUAAGACCAGAACAAUUGUAUUCACUUGUGCUUUGCGCAUCUUCCUACUUGAAGAUAACUUGUAUACCUUAAAAUAGGAGACUCCGCAUUUCAACAGAUAUGUUGGACCAAUGUUCAUGUAGCCUAAUCUGGAGGAUUUCUAGGAAACACGGUUUAUUCUUAUGCGAUGUUAUCAAAAUAUCAUUGUAAAUGUUUAAGAGUUGUGGGUGAAAGAAGGGAUUUUGAAACUAUCCAUGAAAGUGAGAUGAACAGUUUGACCAGUGUGGUUAGAUGGUUAUGGUUUAUGGUUAAACUAUAACUUAAUCAUUGAGCCUGUGGAUAUAGUGCAUUUUUUGCUUUUGAAUUUUGUUACCUGCAUUGUCAUCCAUGGCGAGAUGCUGGAGAACAUCAGAGCAAUGACAUUUGUAGGAUUACAUUCCUGCUACUAACUAGAGAUCACAGAAGCAGCGACGGGUAAAAUUUUGGUGGCUUCACACACACCUGUAGAAAUGAAGGUUGAAGGGCUGGAAAAAUUCCUUAGCGUUGCAUUUAGUCCCAGAUUUAUGCUUCUCUAAGACUUAUUGGAGUGAGUGCCAAUAAUGGAAGUUGUAAUUAACGGUGCCUUAUAAUUCAAAUGCUUCUCUUUUACCUCAUUUCUGGUAUUUAAAUAUGUAUACCUGUUAACUUUCAGCUCCUUAAAAAGGGGAAACGUUCUCAUAUUUGAUACCUUGCAGGUCCUACUGGAAGUCUUUUCCUGAGAUGUUAUUACAUAUAACAUCACUUAAUGUACUGAGCUUCAUGGUUAGUGCAACUCGUAUACAUUUUUUUGUACCUGUGAUCUCCAAAAAUGGGAUGAAGACUGGCUGAAUGUGGUGACGUAGGAAAUGUGCCCAGCUUCUCCAUGUUUUGGAAUGUCGUAAUUUCAAGAACUUUUAAAUACUGCAGUGAUUAAAUGUGGAGCAGAUUCAAGCAAUAAAUCCAAAGUGACGGUUGCACCUAAAUUCCUUAGCUGGACCUACAGGUAAAGGGUGACCUCUAGUUAAAAAGCACAACUGCUGGAUGGAUUGCAGGCCAGAAAGGAGCUGCAUUAACAGAGCUUUGAGAGAGGAACUUGGUCACUUUUUGUCUUUAACAGUUCACAGCAACACUGUUUCUCACUCCAAAUCAGAAUUAAUAUCAUUAAAAAUACUUAAUUCCAAGGAACAUUAGAUUUCAACUGUACUGUGAGAGAGGAGUGAAUACACAUGUUGCUUUCUAUCUCCUGUUGAUACCACUGGUUACUGAAUUAGGUGUUUCUGCACUACAGGCGGAGCCUUUUUAUUCACCUUACUUGGUGUUUAGGAUAAUUAUGUUCUGUCUAAACAAAGCUAUAGAGUAAAAUUGCACACUUUUCUUUAGUGCUAAAUCUUGAAGCAAGACAGACUAUCACUGCUGACUAUGACUAGAGCGAAAUUUUAGAGUAAAAUAUACAACUAAGAAUGAAAACACAAUAUGGGGAAAGCCUUCUAUCUACCCAACACUAAAAACCUAUUUUAUCUGAUUUUUUUCCUUACCCUGCUACUGACCAAUCUCCCUUCAAUACAGAAGAGAGAAGUAAACUUGAAUCUCCUGGUGCCUAAAGUAUUCACAGUCCAACUUCUUACAAAUUAAUAUAAUUAAAAAGCUAAGAAUACCUUGAAUGUUAGAAACUAAUGGGCGCUAACAAAUCCCAAUUUUAUUAGGCAUCUUCUGCGUAUUUCUCAUUUAGUACAUAGCCUGUAAAUAAUAAACUAUAUUACUAACUAGAUAUAUUUCCUGCUCACUUGAUGCUUUUGAGACUUACUCCAUUCCAUCAUUAGAAUCACAAGUCAUUUAAACACAGGAAAGUAGACUACUGUUUUUGUGAAACGUUCCAUUGUGAAAUAAAAUUAAAGCAAUAUGUACUGCCUUUUUUGCAGUUUCCUAUUAAAGCACAGUGUCUUACAGCACAAAAUACAAAUAAACUAAAAUCAUUUAAAAAAUGAUUUGCAGUUUUAACGGUUGUCUGGACUCUGAGAAAAAUGUAUAGUACUGUAUUAUUGUUAGCACUUGUCCUGACUUCUGAUUUCUUCAUAGCUCAACUCUUUUUGUGCCUUUCCCUUCCUUUUCAAAAUACUCACUGGCUGGAGCUUUUUAGGGUCAUGGUUUUUAUUCUGUGUGGGGAUCUGGCCUUGGUGUCCCCUGGCACACAGAGGAACAGCACCAAGCUUGCACCUCUUUGCCCUCAACAAGAAAGUGAUGGUUGCAAUAAGACUUUAAUGUACUACACGCAAAUAAAAAAUUGAUGAGAAAAAGGAAAGUACUCAAUUGGGGUGGAAUUUACCAGUACGCUAAAUCGCUUAAAAGUUGUAGUUUUAACAGCUUUUUGUAUUUUGUUUAAUGAAAAUAAAUCUCUUACGCACAUCUGACCUGCAGCCAGAACUAGAAUUGUGCUACGACCUCUUCCUUUUCUCUGUUACCUUACAACUUUGCACUGAAACUGUUAUUACUGCCUGCCCAGGAUCUCCAGCUCCCUGUCUCAGGAAGCACGCGUGAUCUUUGAUAAAAAUUCUUUAUUUUUACAGCCGGGGUUGUGUAGAAAUGCCUGUCCCUGGGCAGGCCCUGUGCUUGGCGCUAUAGGCGAUGAAAGCAGCCCGAGCAACAGCUUUGCCUCCCAUUGUCUCUAUAUCUGUAAGAACCAAAUACUUUUAAUUAAACGAGCUCUUAAUAAAGCUGUAUUAUACAAUGUCGUGCCCGUACUGAACGGGUUCAAUGUGACUCCGUAACUGUCCUGUACGUACAUUAAACGCUAUUCUGGGAAAGAACAA